AUGGCCACCUUUACGUAUGCCGUUGCAGGACCCGUCCCAAUUGUGUCAUUGAAGCACCUAGACCCCACCCUUCCGCCGGUCCUCGCCGGUCAAAAUCCAACUUGCUCCCUGCUAGUCCUCCAGAAAGACUUCGCCGACACAGUCGGCUCCCCGCCGGCGUCUGCCAACUACACCCAGCCCCGUGACUGCCCCUUCCCUUGGACCCGCGUCGUCCUCGAGCUCUCCGUCUCCGCCUCCGACCUCCAGAAGGACCGGGUCGCCGCCAUCUGGAUCGACGGCGCCGAGGUCCUCCGCACCGCCACACCGCGCCCCAUGGCCCCCGGCGCCUUCUGGCGUGUCCGCAAGGACAUUACCCGGUACGCCACCCUCCUCCGCCGCGUUGCCAGUGGCGGCGGCGGCGCCCUUUCCAUGAUGCUCGAAAACUCCAACGACAUCCUCCCCGGCGUCUUCUCCGCCAACGUCUCCCUCCAUUUCUACCGCGGCGCCCUCUCCCCCUCAUUCCGCCGCCUUGCCGCUGGCUUUGCCGCCCAUCCCUCCAUCAAAGGCCUUUACUCCGAGCCGGCCGACCUCAUCGUCCCCGUCUCCAAUCCCAACGGCUACUACCGCUCUGGCUUCUGGCUUCGAAUCGAUAACGAAACCCACGUCCCCUCCACCGCCAUCACCAUUCCGAGAAACACCUACCGGGCCGUUCUUGAGAUCUUCGUCUCCUACCACGGCGACGAUGAGUUCUGGUACACCAACCCGCUCCGCUCCGCCUACCGCCACCAGCCACUACCCUCCAACCUCUCCACCCCUCGGGCCAACGGCGGGUUCCGCCAGGUCUACGCCACCGUCGACGGCCGCUUCGUUGGCGGCCACAUCCCGUUCGCCGUACUCUACCCAAGCUCUAUCAAUCCGUACUUCUGGUCCCCUGUGGCCGCCAUCGGCGCCUUCGACAUGCCGUCCUACGACCUCGACUUGACGCCCUUCCUCGGCUUCAUGCUAGAUGGCCGCCCCCAUGACAUCGGGCUUGGUGUGCAAGACGCCCAGCCCUUCUGGCUCGUCAGCGCCAACCUCCACCUCUGGGUCGACGCCUGGUCCGAUUCCGUCCAAGCCGGGCUGAUCGAAUACAUCUCACCGCCGAUCAAGAUGAACCGGAACGCAGAAUGGAGAGACAAGGAAGGGCAGUCGGAGAUCAACGCCGAGGGGCUCUUCCGGUUCACCGGCUGGGUGAGCUCAUCCAAGGGUAACUUGACCACCCAAGUGAGCCAAAAGAUCAAGUUCAAGGGCCAAGUAGAGGUCCAGAACCGCGGUUCCACGACGCAGAUCGAGCUCCAGAACAAGGAAAGGAUGAUGGUUGCGAUCCAAAAGGGUCAUCAGCUUCUGGGCCGGGUGCAGCUCUACGUGGAGGCGCCGCUCCAGGUGCAGACGUCGAUGGUGAGCGCGGCGGGCGGCGCGCUGUUCCAGAAGUCGAGGUUGUACCACCAGCUGACGGAGAUGGUGACGCUGAGCGAGGGGCAGGCGAUGACGACGAGCACGCUGACCGACAGGCAGGACGCGGAGGGGUCGGCGCUGAUGCACGGCGACGCGCCGGUCUGGGGGAGCGGCAGCACCAAGUCAUCCUACCGUUACAAGGACGGCAGCACUUGCUACCUCCGGAACGUGAACACGGCCGGCGGCGCGGUGAUGAUGGACACAAAGAGUGCCUCCUGUGCGGCCGUCGCCGACGCCUGA